AUGCCGGGCGCGGUGGUGCAUGCCUGGAAGUGGCACCUCGGCAUGAACUGUCACAACAAGACCGACUUCUGCCACCACCCCUUGCGUCACGGCUUCGACGAGUUCUUUGGGAUCCCCACGACCAACCUCAGGGACUGCAAGCCGGGGGAGGGCACGGUCUUCGCCUCGGCCCACCGCUGGCUGGUGUCCGUCCCGCUGCAGGUCAUCGGGCUGGCCGUGCUGACCCUGGGGGCGCUGCGCUGCCUGGGGCUGCUGCGGGUGCCCCUGGCCGUCUUCCUCGGCCUCCUGCUCCUGGUGGCCCUCGUGCUCCUCCUGUUCCUCUGCUUCCUGCACUUCUUCCGGCCGCUCAACUGCUUCCUGAUGAGGAACUACGAUGUCACGCAGCAGCCGUUGUCCUUCGACAACCUCACCCAGAGGCUCACGGCGGAGGCCACCAGCUUCAUACGACGGCACGCCGAGACUCCGUUCCUGCUCUUCCUGUCGUUCAUCCACGUGCACACGGCCCACUUCUCCUCCAGAGAGUUCGCCAGAAAGAGUCGGCACGGGCCUUACGGGGACGGCGUGGAGGAGAUGGACUGGAGCGUGGGGCAGGUCUUGGAUGUCCUAGAAGAGCUGAGACUGGCCGACAGUACCCUCGUCUACUUCACCUCGGACCACGGAGCCCACGUGGAGGAGGUGACCGCCAAGGGGCAGAAGCAUGGCGGCAGUAACGGCGUCUAUAAAGGAGGGAAAGCCAACAACUGGGAAGGAGGUAUUCGGGUCCCAGGCAUCUUUCGGUGGCCGGGGGUGAUCGAGGCCGGUUUGGAGAUUGACGAGCCCACGAGCAACAUGGAUAUCUUCCCCACGGUGGCCAAGCUGGCUGGGUCACCUUUGCCCAAAGACAGGGUCAUCGAUGGCCGAGACCUGAUGCCGCUGCUCCAAGGGAAGACCCGGCGCUCAGAGCACGAGUUCCUCUUCCAUUACUGCAACGCCUACCUGAACGCCGUGCGGUGGCACCCGCCCAACAGCUCCUCCGUCUGGAAGGCCUUCUACUUCACGCCCAAGUUCAACCCCAAGGGCGCCAACGGUUGCUUCAGCACCCACGUGUGCCUCUGCCUGGACGGUCACGUCACCCGCCACCGGCCGCCCCUGCUCUUCGACCUCUCCACGGACCCCGGCGAGACGAGCCCCCUGACUCCGGAGACGGAGCCCCGCUUCCAGGACAUCCUGAGGGUCAUGCAGGAGGCCGCGGACCGCCACACCCAGACCCUGUCGGCCGAUGUCCCCAACCAGCUGUCCCUGGGGAACACUCUGUGGAAACCCUGGCUGCAGGUCUGCUGUGCCUCCUCCUCCGGUCUGUCCUGCCAGUGCGACCAGCAGAGGCAGGAGCAGGGGACGAGAAACUAGCCGCUGGCCACAGAGAGGCCACGCUGUCACCGUCCGCAGGAGCUAGGGGCUUGCAGGGCCUGCGGACGUCCGUCCUCGUGGGCCCUCGGUGACCCAAGUCGGAGAGGACCAUCAAGUGUAGCAAGAGCUGCUCAGACCUCAGCCCGGGCCGCCUUGGAAGGGACGGCGCUUACAAGGAGGACCAUCAUCGCUAGCAGACGGUGGUGACGUCCAGUCCGGGGUAACGGGAAGGCAAAUGAGUACCGAUCACCCCGAUUACGUGGGACACAGGAUCGACGCUACUCACCAUGUACAUCCAGAUAGAGAGACGGACAGAGAGACACAGGUGUACCUAUAUAUUUAUAUGCAUAGACACAUGCACAUCCCCCACUGAUUCCUUCCCUCAGGAGGGUUGACAUGUCAAUGGCCUGCCCCCCCACUAUUUAAAUAAAAAUCAAUCAAAGCUAA